AGUGAGCGAGUGAGUUUGAUGAGAAAAUUUCCCUGGUUUUUCUCACGCAAGUGAGAAAAGCGCCUCUCACUACGGUGAAAAUUGUCAGAAUUUUUCCUCUCGUAAAUAUUGACACCCAAAUCAAUACUAGAACGAAAAUGGGGAAGGCCGACCUGCAGCAGAAACAGCAAAAGUACGACAUGGCCAAGUGCCAGCUGUACAACGAGAAGAACUCGUUCGCGUUCUGGAUCGUCAUCAUUCUGCUGUUUUCGCUGGCCCUGGGGAACCUGUGUCUCACGUUGACCAUCGCGGGAGUGCUCAAGAUCUACAAGGGCAUGGAGAACAUCGAGCUGAUUCAGGGCGCGGAGACGGUCAAGUUCUUCGGCAACAUUGACUUCGAUCGGGUGCUCAAAGUGGACGGCAAACUGGAGGGCUUUCACGAGGAACCGGUGGAGAUUUCCGGUGACAACGGGCCCGUCUCGAUCAGCCUGGUCAACCGGAACGCACAUCCGCACAACAAGAUCCAUCUCUCGAAGAACGGCAGCAUCCUGAAAGGCAUCAACCACUUUGAGGUGAAGGACGGCGCUUCCGGGCGACAAAUCUUCUCCACGUCCCGACCUACGUACAACCUCCCCCUGGGCGCCUCAAUGCUACACACCAACCUGAUCAACGCGGCCCGAAUAACGUCCCCGAUCAACGACACGCUCAAGUUUCAAACGCGCAACCGGUUCACGCUCAAGGGAACCGAAGGCACCCGGCUCGAGGCCAAGGAGAUCCUGUGGUCCGCCGACCAGAACAUCUUCCUCAAGUCGGACAACGGCAGCGCGGUUCUGCUCGGCGCCAACGGGAUCUACGUCAACGUCAACAGCCUGCCGAUCGUCAAGAGCGAGCACGGACUGCGCGCCGGCACGCCCACCCAGUUCAAGCUGUGCGUUUGCUUCCCCCAGGGGCGCAUCUUCCGGAUUGCCGUGCCGAAGGCGCACGCCACCGCCGCCAGGGUCAGCUGCGCCCACUUUAGCAACUGGAACGAUCCGUGCGCUUAAACAGUCGUAUUUGUUUUUUCUUGUGUUCAAAACUAAUCCUUCUCGCAUUUCCGUGUGUUCCACAUAUCGUAGAGUUUACUAGUUGAAACCCGUUUUGUUUGAGCUUGGCUCCAACGGGCAAAAAAUCAAUAAAAAAAAUUAACAAAACAA